AUGGAAUAAAGUUAAAUCUAUCAAGAAUAAAAAUUUGGAUAGAGGGUUCCAAAAAAGUUUAUACAAACUUUAUAUGAAAAAUCAAUUUGCAAUCAAGAGAUUGAAUCUCCAUAAUUAGUCGAAAUAAUCCCUAAAAUGUAAAUUUGUUUUUCAAAGGUUGUGCUCACUGAUACAUAUGCUUUAAUAUUCACAUUUAAUACUUUUACGAUUAAAUUUGGAAAUUUUAUCAGAAAAUUGAAUUUUGAAGAAACUACUCAAUUAAUGCAUUUAGAAUCAAUUGAAUUGAUUAAUAAAUAUCUUUAAGAAAAUCUGUAAAUAAAUUAGAAUGAAAACAUUCAUAUUAAAAUAGAAAAGCAUCAAGAUAUGUUUUCAAAAUAUUAGAUUCCACUUUCUCCUAUUGUUCUUACUUUAUAAGACAUAGGAGUAUUUGAGAUUCAUUAUCCAAAAUUAGAAGCUUACUUUUAGUUUUCAAGUUAAACUGAAGAAAUAUAAUUAACAAAUUCAGAUGUACUUCAUCUAAUUGGAAAUAAUUUUUCUACAAUUUAAUAAUAUGUAAGAAUCAUAAUAAGCAUAGAGUUAAAGAAUAAAUUUUGGAAAAUAAAGAUCUUAUGUUCGAUAAUUUCAUGAUUUAAGAAUCAAAGAAAUAGGAGUUGAUAUUUAUGAUUAGAGUACUUUUAAACAAUUGUAAAUUAAGUAAUCAAGUAAAAUAAGAUUUAUUAUUAGAGCAUAUAAAAGAUUUAAAUCAAAAAAUUUUAAAACAGGUUUGUGAAACCGAUUAAAAAUAUGUUAUCUUAACAUUACAUCCUCCUUAAUUGGUAUUGAAAUAACUAAAAAAAACAAUUUUCAAACAAAGUUUUACUCUUUUAGAAUUUAUACAUAUGUGUUUUAUGCUACAGAAAGUAUAAUUAGAAACGUUUUUAAUAAUGAUUAAGCUUUAGAAAUAAAAUGGAAAAUAUAGAUUUGUGUAUAACUUGAAUGAAUAUCCGAUAGGAAAUGAAUUAAGUUAAACUUGUCUUCGAAAUGGUUUAUUUGCAAAAAUAAAUAAAUCUAUUUAAUAUGAUUUAAAUUAUUUUAAACUAGAAUAUGUACCAUUUAGAAUUAUAAUUUAUGAUCCUUUAGAAGUGAAAGAAUAUGAAAUGCCUGUAGAUUUUAAUGUUAUUGAAUAAAUGAUUACUCUUAAAUUAAAUGUAGAGUUUAAGAUUUAUUGA